AUGGUACCAGGAAGGGUUUUGGUUGGUGAAGGUGUCCUGACCAAGCUCUGUAGAAAGAAACCCAAGCCACGUCAGUUCUUUUUAUUCAAUGAUAUUCUUGUUUAUGGAAAUAUUGUCAUCAACAAGAAAAAGGUUAGUAGUAACAAUAUUCAGUAAUUCUAGCACUUGUUACUGAGCGUAACUAUUCAAGUAACAAUGAUUACUGACCGGUUGUCUCCACUAGUUGUUCUGCUUUAUAAAGAAUUAGCAGACUCCCGGCAAAAUAGCGGCAAACUUACAUAAUGAUGUUGCAAUUUCAGUAUAACAAGCAGCAUGUUAUUCCUCUGGAGGAUAUAAAACUACAGUCCUUGGAUGAUGAAGGAAGUAAGUGUUCCAAUUUUUUUGGUUGAGUGUUUUGAGAGCACUGCUUAAUGGUACACUUUGUAUAAGUGUCUAGGAAAAUGUACCGUCCUUGACAUACAAUGUCUGACAGGAAAUAAUAUUGUUAACUGGUGGAUGUAAUAUUUCUGUCAGUGAUUUUUUUGCUAACAUUCCUAUCUGGUAUACUUUACCUCUAGAUUUAAAAAAUGGCUGGCAGAUUAUUAGUGCAAAGAAGUCAUUUGCAGUUUAUGCAGCUACAAGAACAGAGAAGGCUGAAUGGAUGGCUCACAUCAACAAGUGUAUUCAAGACCUACUGGCAAAAAGUUAGCAUACAGUGUAAAUGUGUUUGUUUCUUUAAGUAGUUAUUUGAACAAGCCUUGUUUUAACAGCUGUGAUUUUCAUAAUAUUGUAUAAGCAUAAUCUGUAGAGCUCUACAGCUGUAACAUGACCAGGCAAGUAAACAGAGAUUUUACUUCUGCUUUUUUCUGCCUGAAUCUUUCGUUUUAUACAACCCUCCAUGUUGUGACCAUUUUGGUCGCCAUAGUGCCUAAAAUUUUGCAGCUGGUGACUUUUUAAAAAAGUCUCUCUAAACCAAGAGUUGACUGAGCAAAAACUUUAACUUGGGGGGGUUGUUAUGGUCACUGGAAUAUCCAUGUACACCGACAGGCAUAAGCUUAUGUACUCAUUAAACAGUAAACUUGCCUUGAUUAGCUGCUACAUUCACAGGUUCCAAAUUGUUGAAUCCUUUUGCUGAAUAAAGAAUUUUUGUUUAACAUACAGAGGGUAAAAUAAUAUGGCUCUUUUUCACUCCAUUAAGAUAGAACUGCAUUGUAACAAAGAUUGUUAUGUCUGAUUAUUUUUUAGCGGGGAAGAAAGGCACCACUGAACAUGCAGCUGUUUGGGUUCCUGAUAGCGAGGCAUCAACUUGCAUGCAUUGUUUAAAGAGCAAGUUCACAGCUUUAAAUCGAAGAGUAUGUAUGUCAAUUAAAUUUGAAUGAUCAAUGUUGUUUUAUUGAUACAUGCACUAGGGACCUUACGAAACUACAGCGGCAAUGGCAAUGGGAACAUCACAAAAGAAAUAUGUUUAAUCAGCAAAACAACAACUCUGCACGUGCAUCACGUUCUUCUGAAAAUUUCUUUGCUGUCCAUGCACAACUACGACAUUAAAUGACCAUCUCCCACUGAACUAGAAGAAGAUGACCGGGGGACAUGGGAUAAUUGCGAAAAAAAGUGCAAGGAUGUGAAGUCUAUUUUUCAGCGACACUUUCAGGGGUGUUGCUGUUGUCAGAUCGUAAGGUCCCUACUCUGUCAGAAGGCCUGAUUAUAGAGAGUAUGUCCUAAAAUGAUUGUUACAUAAACAGCCAACAAACCAGGUUUGGUCCGCCUCUCCUUUCCAGACACCUGAUUACCAUAAAUCCUUGCAGGAUCUCUCAAUGCAAUUAUCUAGACUAAGUAACGAUUUAUUUUUGUGAAUAAAUGUGUAUUUAGAGACCUGAAACUUUUUAUACACAUUGUAUAAUUUGCCACUUAGUCUUGAUAAUGGGGUUAUGUUGAUGCCAAAAUUUGGCUUUUUACACCUUUUUUAACAUCUCUUGCACAAUUUUUGUGCUUACUGGCUUAGAAGGCUCUAUGCUAUUGUUGGUGUAAGAAUGAAUGAUGGUAAGGUCAUUUCUUUUGUUAUUGUAUGUGCUGUAACACGUGACCUUCGGAGCCGGAGGGACAGGAUUUGAUACAUGCUAUCUCCCAUUUUCUUGCACUCUGUUUUAUAAAGCGUAGUUAUGACAAGGAAGAAUUUGAUACUGAUUGUUCUUAGGGCUUUUUAAAAGUUUAAAUAAGAUAUUAUACUCCGUUAUUCUAAGACUUAAGGUGUUUGUAUUCAUGAUGAAUGGUCUUUCAAAUGUCAUAUUUUGCAUGAAAAGUGUCCUGUUUUGACUUUUGAUAAUUGUCUUUGGUUUAGCCAGAUUAAUUUCUUUGCCAUUUCUAUGAUCCAUUCAUAAUUACUUUAUGUCUUGACUGACUUUUACUAGUAAUGAAUAUUUUCAAUCGUUGGUAUUAUUAAACAUUGAAAAUCACAAUGUGGGCAAAUGCAAACACGAAUUUGCCACUUUUACUAUUUAAACACUCAAUUAAAAUGUCAAAAAUUUGCAUAAUUUCAAAACAACUGGAAUUAUAAAAAAUAAUUUUAUGGUAAUUUCGUUAUGACAUUUGUGUAAUUAAUCUUGGCAAGAAAAUAAUUACAAUAGUCCCAGAACUAUAUCUGUGAAAGUUUUAACUUUGCCUGUGGCCGCCGAGCCAACCGUACAUGCUAUAAAGCACUUAUAGCACUUAACAAACAGUGACAAAAAAUACUGUGCCAAUUAGAAGUUGGUACCCAACGUGACUGCCUUAAAGACGGUUUUUGUACAGACUAUUCAGUGCCAGUAAGCUCAUGUCCUCUCAGAGGACUAUUUUUUCUUGUAGAUGUCACAUCUUAAGUCAAACAUUCAGUUUCUUAAAAAAGAAAAUUAAAACAGAAAAUUCAAUUUCUCAAAAAAAAUGACAUCAAUUGAUUUAUUAUUCUACAGCACCAUUGCAGGAAAUGUGGAGGGGUGGUCUGUAGUAACUGUUCAACCAAGAAGUUUCUCCUGCCUUCUCAGUCCUCAAAACCUUUGCGAGUCUGCGAUAACUGUUUUAAUUUGCUGUCAAGUGGUAAAGGUGUUGUUGAUCAAGAGCAAAAGAAAAUAGCCAGUAUGUUCCUACUUAUUUCUUGCUUUCUGGCAAAUUCAAUGUAGCUUUGUAAAUUGUUAAUUCUAAAUAUCUCAUUAUCCACUCCCCUUGGAGCUUUUCGGGGUUGAUUUCCCGGGGGGGGUACUUUAGGAAUUUCUGGGUGGGGAUGUGCCGCUGGGACCCUGGAACCCUUAACCUAUACCAGAGCUAGUUCAGCUGAAUUUUGCUACCCUAUAGUAGAGUAAUCUCCCACAUCCCCCCUAUCCUAGAGUAUAGCUGUUUCCCUAGUCUAGAUCGUCUAGAUAAAAUCUUCAACCACCUGAUAAGUUUCCUGAAAAAUAAUACCCUAUGCUAGACCCAAACGCUCUGAUUUAUAUACCCUAUCCUAGAGUAAACUGCUUGAAAACCAUACCCUUCACAGCAGCACAUACCUAUAUGGCCCAUAUAUGGCAGUGCCACGAGGGGUUGAUUUACAAAACUGGUUCAGGGUUUUUUUGCCAGGCUGCUUGUAGCACAGUUUUCAAUUAAUGAAGUAGAGAGUUAAGCAUGUGAAAGGUUUGAACCCAGGAGUCAUUUCAAAAGUAGGUUGAGUUUGAUCGUCCUUCUAAUGUGAAUGUGAACCACACCAGGGGCUGUACUUUAAGUCUCCUACUCUUAACAAUAACUUGUGGGUAGUCUGUCCUGCAAUAUUUGUGUCAGGGUUGUGUGAAGUGGCCUUAUGGUUUAUCGGCCUUAUCCAAGCGGACCAGAAAAGCUAACUACAAAGGCAGCUGUUUCUCCUCAGUUAUUUAAAUAACCUGCUGUUGGUCUAGCGAAGGUGUGAACUCAUGGUCUGCCACUGGGCAGCCCAACGUAUUUUCAAUUGAGUUGAGUAGGUGGUGGUUAGCUUUCCCUUUCUCAACGUUUAAAAAUUUUAAAUAAUAAUUUCUCUGGUGGGUGCUGUUUUAUGGAUUAACCCAAUUUACUCCCAACAGUACCGUACUGCAAAAUUUCAAAGUGCAUCAAAAAGGAGAUCAAAAUAGUCUGCAUGAAAUUAGUGUGAAAGAGGUGUCAUUUAAGUGGUCACUCUAUACUCUAAAUAAGAUUUCACUUGAAGACUCAAAAGUUAUUUGGAAUAACAUCUAUGAUUACUUCAGUCUUAACUGUUACAGCUGUAGUAAUCAUAGAUGAUAAAGUGCAUUCAUGUUUAGAGUAUCUAUUCAUCAGAUGGGCAUGGAAAUGGUACUUGAUAUCUCUAAAGGGAUACUUUUAUUCAAGGAUACAUGUACCCUCAACUUAGUGAAAAUUAAUGUUUCUUUACAGCUGUCCCCACUCCACCUCAGAAGGUAGACAAGUCAGAGGAUGAAUCUGAGUCAUCUGGAGACUCUGAGGAUGAUGAUGAAGGUGGGUCUGAGAAUCCUGCCCCAUCUGAAUAUCAAGUGCCAACCAAGGUAUGUGAUGGUACAGAAUGCUCUCAUUUUGAUGUAUUUUUUUUUGAUCAAUCCAGUGUUUGUGUUUGAAAUUGUUACAGUUUUUUGGGGUCAGUUUGUUACUAAGAGGGUGUUUACAUGACACUGGGGUGACUUAAGCACCAGUGGAAGUUCACUCUGGUUCCCUCUCAUGGCUCUCUAUUUGUUUACAUGAUACCAUCACAAAAUGUCAUGCCGGCACGAGUCACUCUGGCGUGAGUUCACCCUGGUUGUUGUACUGGAGCAAGAAUUACACUCUGGUACAAAAUUUUACAAUGGUAUCAUGUAAAUGCAAAAUGACCACCUGUUUCAGUGUGAAAUCAGUCUGCUGGUGGACUGGAAUGGGUAGCUCUUGCAUAAUGUUUGUGAUUUUGAAUUGCACAUGUGUGUUAUCAACAUGAAGUGUACCUUCAAAUAACUGAGAUAUGAAAUGACCCAUCAUCAUGUAAAUGCAAUACAAAAUCACACAGUCAUCCAAGUAUGAAACUUGUGACAGUGUGAGUUUUCCCAUGUAAACACCCCCUAAGCAAGGAUUUUACUGAUUGUUUUUGUGAUCUGUGUAUCUUGCUCUUAUGCGUUAAGUUUGUUCAGGGCUUGAAUAAAGCUCCUGUCUAGUAGGUUACGGUAAUGAAAUUAUCCUGGUGGACAUGUAGCUCUUCAUGCUGUCUUGCCCACCUUGGCAAAUGGUGCGCAAGUCAUCUUCUAACUAAAUCGCAAACUAAGAAAUGCAUUUAAUGACCCCAGGGAAGCAAAAUGUGAGAACAGCUAGUCCAAAGGAUGAGGUCGAGUUAACCCUUUUAGUCCCAGUGGUGACCAACAUGAAUUUUCUCCUAAUGAUAUCCAUAUGUUGCCAAGCGAAAUGGUUUUAUGAGAGUUAAUAAAAUGAUCUUUCUAGAGAAAAUGCUUUGAUUUGUUAUCAAACUCUCUCAACUAAUUCUUUAAAGAAAUGUAUGAAGAUCAGUAUGGAGAAUUUAUGUGUAAAUAGUGGGGCAGGGUUAAAGCUGUUUUCAAGCUCUGUUGUUACAGUGCAAAUGAAUAUCCGAGGGGCUUACAGCGGCAGAUCCAGACCUUCAGAGGGGGGACCAGGUCUCCAAUAAACUUUUUUUUGGGCCUUUGGGCCUCAGUUUGGUCGAAAAAUAAGGGAGGGGGAAGGCCCCUGAAUCCGCCACAGUCUUAUUUAGCCAGUAGGUCAUCUACUUUGAAGGCUUAAUGACAGUUAUUUUCAUUUCUAGCCAACAUUUUACCAAGGCGACCAAGGUGCUCCAAAAGGGGAAGGGGAUGGUGGAACGGGUGAACCAAUGGAGACAAAUGCAAACAAUGAAGUAUGAUGCAUGUGUGCUCAAAACAGAUGUUCAAAAGAAGUUUUAACUUUUAGAAAACAACAAACUUGCCGUCUGGAAUAAUAAUUAUGAGAGCUUCUACACGCUCUCAGGAGCUGUUAUAGAUUUAUACAAUUUUUAUUGUCACUAUUCAUCCACUUUAUAACAAAGGAGAAGUCAAUUUAUUAUUUCGAGUUUCUUUGUUUUCCUUUUAUAACCAGCAGGCUAUUUUGCUUGUGAAUGGCAGUUUGAAAGUCAUUGCCAGUCAAUUUAACUGUAUUAAGUUUAAUGGAACCUAGAUCAUAAUAUACAGUUGCAUUCUUUCUAGUACAUGAUAGGGAAUUAUCUUCUAUUAUAAACACCAGAGUUAGAAUGAUAUUUCAAAGUUCGUGAAGUUAUCUUUCUGAAAACUCUAGCUGUUAUAAUUUUGUUCAAAAAUGCCUUCUGAUUGGCAUCAAUAGUAUUGCAACUGGAUGAAUACUUUUGAAUGGCUGGCACAUUUUGUGCCCUAUGAGAUUUGGCCGAAUACUGUUGGUGAGGAAAUGAUAGAUAAUUUUUUAAAACAGGAUGAGUGUUAAAUAAUAAUGAAACUGGGAGGGAAGAAUAAUUAUUGUUAUCUGCUAUUGUUUGCAGAUUAAUAUAUGUACAUGCACUGGAAGAGUUUGAGCUGUUAUUUUGAGUACUUGCUGUUUAUUUGUUUGGUUACAUGUUGGGAAAAGGUGGGGCAAUCUUGAGAGACUAAUCUCAUUUUCUUAAAAAAUGGAGUGUUGCUUGUUAAAGCAGCGUCUUUAGUUUUGAAAGCAGAAGACUGAGGUUGAGUGAAAAAUUCUUGUAAUAGGGUGGGCAAGGUAAAAUGUCAAAGCGGGGAGAGGGGGAAGGGUGCCAACCUACCAACUUUGACUUAUGUGGACCUCAGACACCAUGAGCCAAUUCCGGUGAUCGCCCUCCAUCCUCCCCUCCCCUAUCUCCUCAAACAAUAGCACCUAUGCUGCAGGCUAAGAUAACCAAUACUGCAUAUUGUCAUUGGCCUUACAGAUUUUAAUCUAUAUUAAGAAAAAGAAAGAAUAUAUAUCAGCACUGUUUUUUGUUGUUGAGAGGGUGAGGCAAGACUGUACUCUGUCGAGUAAAUAAAUUAGUGUUCAAUAAGGACUUCAAUCCCUCACAAACUUGAACGAAAAACACUUGAAAUAAUCGUUCAAAGUAUAGUACUUUUUAUUUUUAUGUUCAAAUCAGUUAUUUUAUUCCUUUGUAAAGAUAACAAACAGUCAAUAGUUUUGAAGCCAGUUUGGCAAAUAAAACUGCCUACAGAGAACAGAUUCCCAUGUUCGUGUGAAACGUGAAUGUGUGCCAAUAUUGCGUAAGCAUUCUAUUUCUUUUACGACGAUUGUAAAUCUCAAGAUGAGUGAAAACGAUGCUGAUGGAAAGUUUGAUGGGCCAAUGGAGUUUGUUGUGAGACGAUAGGGUAGUGGCAAAUAAACCAUUAGCCUUACAUUGAGGGGCUUUAAGUUUGAGAAAAAAAUUGAGCGAGUCUGUUUUUCUUUCAAAUGAUCGGUACUUGGAGUUUUUAAUUUUAAAAUUCUUAUGUAGCCUUUCCCUGGCCUCGGUUCACGGUGAAAGUCGCCCAUAUUGCUUUAUGGCACUUAUAAAGUUAUUAACAAAAAUGGAGCAUUUUAGUAACGUUUCAUUUUUGCAGGUACAACUAAUAUAUUCUGAAUGGUCUCUCAGUCACCCCGCAGAGGCUUCCCUAAAGCGCCUUGUGUA